AUGGAAAGAAAAAAGUUAGAGGAAAAGCAAAGGAAAGAACAGUUAGAAAAAGAAAGACUUGAGAAAGAAAGGAAAGCAAAGGAAAAGGAGGAGUUAGAGGAGAAACAAAGGCAAGAACAAUUAGAGAAAGAAAGGCUUGAAAAAGAAAAGAAAGAAAUGGAAAGAAAAGAAGUAGACGAGAAACUAAGGAAAGAACAGUUAGAAAAAGAAAUAAUUGAAAAUGAAAAGAAGGAAAAGGAGAUUGAAGACAGACAGAAGAAAGAAAGAGCAGAGAAAGAGAGACUUGAAAAGGAAAAUAAAGUAAAGAAAGUGAAAGGUAAGGGACAGAAGGAAGGAACACGACAAAUGAGAAAGAGAAGAAAGUAUCAGGACAGGGAGAGACAAAAUCAGAUGAGGAAGAAAUUAUUACAAUAA